AUGCCUCAACUACGAUGGCUCGUCACUGGAUGCUCGUCCGGACUCGGCGAGACCUUUGUUCGCAGCAUACUCGCGCGGGGUGACAAAGUCGUUGCAACUGCGCGCGGAGAUCCAGAGCGACUGUCUUCUUUGAAAGAAGCCGGGGCUGAGACUGUCAGCCUAGAUGUCACAGCUACCCCAGCGUCUAUCCAGGCCACCGUUGCAGAUAUUCUGGAAAGUGGCCCAAUCGAUGUACUCGUGAAUAACGCUGGCUACAUUGAAGCUGGGCUCGCCGAGGAAGCUAGCUACGACAGCCAUGUUGCCCAGUUCGAGACGAACUUCUUCGGUGUCCUCAAGGUCACCCAGGCAGUGCUUCCACACUUUCGCGAAAAGAAGUCCGGAACCAUCGUGUUCGUUAGCUCUUCCGGUGGUAUCGGCGGAGAGCCAGGUGCUGGCCCGUAUUGCGGGAGUAAAUUCGCUCUUGAGGGCUGGUACGACUGUCUGAAGCAAGAGACAGCGCACUUGGGCAUCAAGAACAUCAUCUUCGAGCUUGGCUUCUUCCGCACCAACAUCAUGCAUCCAGACAAUGUCAAACUCCGUUCCAAUCCCAUUGCAGACUACGAUGACAUUCGCAAUGGAGUUGCGCAGUUUGUUCAGAGCAUGAACGGCAACCAGCCCGGAGAUCCCAAGAAAGCUGUAGAGAUCAUUCUCGAUGUUGUUAGGGAAGAGGGUGUGGCCGAGGGCAAACCUCUUCCUGAACGCUUGCCAUUGGGUCCGGACUGCUUGGCUACGAUGAGAAAGAAGGCCGUUGGCAAUCUUGCGAUCUGCAAUGAAUGGGAAGAUGUUAUCCGCAGCACCAACAUUGAUUAG